UCCAAAAGGAAUUUUCUAAUUUUUCUUAUUCACAAAAUGUUGCAUCCGUAUCAUUCUAAAGCCUGUAUAGAACAUCCACUAGGAAUUCUAUGCAGAUGUGCAGAAUAUGACGAUAUUACUAAUAAAUUUAUCAUUUACACAGUGGGAACUCAGCAUCCUCUAGUAACAUCAUUGAACAUCGAUCCAAUUUCUUCAGAAAAGGUUAUAUGGCUGCCAACUAGAACAGAGCCAAAUGUAAAUCCCACCAAGCCUAUUCUUUCUUAUGAGAAAUCUGAAAAAGAAAAAAUUGAUUCGACAAAUGUUAAAAAAAGAUGGAUACCCGUAGCGACAGACGUCGUAUCUCCAAACGAAUUACGACCGAAUAUGAGUUAUCUUCAUAAUACGGAAAGACACACUCAAUCUGCUGAUACUUCAACAUUAACAGAUAUGUUGCCACAUAAAGGAAGAGUGAUAAGACGUAAAGAUAUAGACUGGGAAAUAGGAUCACAUGAAACACCUGUAAAAAUGUCUGAUGAACCAGAAACAAAUUGGCGGAAAAUUAAUGGUUGUUUCUGUUCUUGGGCCGAUGCAUUUACUAUAUCCAUGUUUUGUCCUCCGUAUUGAAAAGAUUAAUUCGUCUCUAAAUUACAUUUUGUCACUAAAUUUUGUAUACCAAAUCUAGCCCAGGUUACUUUCUAUAUACUCACAUUUCGCAAUGAGAAACAAUAACUCAUAAUCUUUCAAAUGUUCUGAUUGAAGCUCUGCAGUUUUGAAACAUGGCAAACAUGAAAAAGAUUUUCUUCUA